AUGAAUUCCGCUGAGGGCUAUCGAGGUGAGCCAGGUCUGCCUGGACUGACUGGCGAUCAAGGUGAUACGGUUUACGGGGACAAGGGACAACCUGGUGAACCGGGAGAUCGAGGAGAGCCGGGACCGAUUAAUAAAGAGUGGAAGAAAAAUAAUGCAUCUGAACCUGUACCUGGACCACCUGGGAGAAAAGGUGUCAGAGGAGAUUAUGGGGAUCGCGGAAGAAAGGGAGAGCUCGGAGAUAAAGGACCCAUGAAAAAAGACUCUCCAUCCGGUGAAGUCGGUGACAAAGGUUUUCCCGGAUUCGAAGGCCUCCGUGGAGGACGUGGUCCACCCGGAGAACUCGGUGACACAGGACCUGAAGGACCGAAGGGGGAAAAAGGAGAUUUCGGCGCCCCUGGUGUCACAGGAGUCGACGGCAAACCUGGAUGGAAUGGAGUACCUGGUGAGAAAGGGGAUGACGCCGAUGUCCCGAUAGAGUUCCUUCGAGGAGAUCCCGGAGUCGAUGGAGUACCUGGAGUGCGGGGACCUCGAGGAGACAAGGGAUGGCCUGGAGAACAGGGAGAAGCUGCAUCUCAUACUGCAAGAGAUGUGAAAGGAGUCAAGGGAAUCAAAGGACAGUCAGGAGAGCCUGGAUUCGAUGGAUUGAAGGGUUUUCAAGGGCACGACGGAGACGAGGGAUGGCCCGGACUCCCUGGACCUCAAGGAUCCCCAGGUAUUUCUAUUCCAGGUCCUGUUGGUCUGAAGGGAUACGCAGGAAUGCCCGGUGACGAAGGUCCUCGUGGUACUGCUGGACAACCCGGUCAGCAAGGACCAGUUGGGCUUCUGGGACCGCCAGGAAUGAAGGGAGAUCGAGGAGAUAUCGGAACGAAUCUUAUCUACGGUGAGAUCGGCGUACGUGGAUUUUACGGCCAAAAAGGAGAGUUCGGUUUCGAGGGACCAGCCGGCCCUCGCGGAAGGACCGGUGUUGACGGACCAAAGGGUCUCAGAGGCGCCAAAGGAGCGCCUGGAUUCGAAGGACUACCAGGUCUCCAGGGAGCGAAAGGUGUUCGAGGUGAUAGCAUCCAAGGUCCCCGAGGUUUCCCAGGUCCUCCAGGAUUAUCGGGGGCCCCUGGAAUGCUAGGAAACGUAGGUAUGACCGGUCCAGAUGGUGUAUCAGGUUUCGAUGGAAUGAAAGGUCUGAAGGGAGAGAUUGGUUUUCACGGGCGUCGAGGAGAGGAUGGAGAUAUUGGAAUUCAAGGGUACCCGGGUAUGGAAGGGAUUCCUGGAGUGCCGGGAAAACAAGGCGAGGAUGGAGAUAUAGGAGAGAUCGGAGAUUCUGGACAGCCAGGGUGGAUUGGCGAGGAGGGAUCUCCCGGGGCUAUGGGGUUGAAGGGACCGAUCGGAGAAUCUGGAAACCCUGGAUUCCCAGGUAUUCAAGGACCUGUGGGCUUGCCUGGAAUAACUGGAGAUAUUGGGUACGAUGGUCCUCCUGGUGAACGUGGACAGGACGCAUUUAGCGGGCCUCAGGGCGACAUGGGUCAGCCUGGAUUCAUGGGAGCAAUUGGGGCACCUGGAGCUCCAGGUGUUGAUGGACGUCCUGGUUUGCCUGGAGAUAAUGGAGUGGAUUCAGUGGGGUAUGAUGGGCCACGUGGACAGAAGGGAGAGCCGGGGUGGAAUGGAUUCAACGGAAUAACUGGACUGAAG